GCUCAGGGUGCGCGCAGCACGGCGAUCGGCGGUGCACUGUGUCCUUCGGACACAGCGGAUCACCAAUCACGGAAAGAGCCGAAGAUGUCGGCUCGGUCAUGGGACAUGUACACUGAUCAUCAGGGCACUGAUGAUCAGUGUGUCCUGAUGAUCAGUGUAGCCCCAGCAGUGCCACCUGUCAGUGUUCAUCAGUGCCUUAUGUCAGUGUUCAUCAGUGCCUCGUGCCAGUGCCACAUCAGUGCCACAUAUCAGUGCCUACCAGUGCACAUCGAUGUCACAUAUCAGUGCCCAUCUGAGCUGCCUUUCAGUGUCACCCAUCAGUGCCACCUAUCAGUGCCACCUAUCAGUGCCAGUCAGUGCCACCUAUUAGUGCCAGUCAGUGCUGCCUAUCAGUGCAUGCCAGUGCCGCCUAUCAGUGCCUGUCAGUGCUGCCUAUCAGUGCCAGUCAGUGCCGCCUAUCGGUGC